AUGGAAGGAACGAAGGUGCAGAUGCAGCUGGUCUUGAGGUACAGUCAGGUACCUACCUUGAAAUGGCAGGAACCAUUGAAACGGGCCAAGCCCACUUGCUACCGCGCUCCGCAUCCGUCUCCCACAGCAGUGGUACUCGACAUCCAGGCCACCUCCGCCAGGGGACCCGCCACUAAACCCAAGCCAAUGGAUGCACCUGUGGACCACCCGCAAAGCUCCCCAGCCCAGCACCCCGAUAGGUGUAAUACCACCCAAGUGCUCUUUGUUCGUUCAUUGACUCGCCUCCACGGCCUCGGCCUCGUCCACGUCCACUUCACGAUCCUUCGCACCUACACAACUCUCCGACAUUCCCCCUUCUCCUCCUUCACCCACGGGUCCUUCUCGUAUCUUCUUGCGUGCUCGUCCUACCCUUCCGACGGCCCUCCUGCGAUACCACCAGAUACGAACCCUCCGGUCCAUGGGGUGUCGUUGCGUCCUUUGAUUUCCAAAAGAGGGCUGAAGCUGCCUCGAGACAGCAUGCCGUUUCAAGUCACCGCGCAAUCCACCUAG